CGGCAGUACCUCCUGCGGCUGAAGAACAGCCAGCUGGAGAGGACCUAUGGAGAGAUGGCGAAGAUCGUGGCCAUUCCCACCAAGCAGCUGCCGGCGGCCAACCCUAUCAUCGACUCCAUGCUCUGCCACUUCUGCCACAACGUCCGCUUUCCCUGCACCAGGAGUGGCUGCAUCGACCUGGAGCACUUCAAGGUGAUCAAGACUCACCAGAUAGAGGACGAGCGCCAGAGGCGGGAGAAGAAGCUAUACUUCGGGUACUUGCUCCUUGGGGCCCACCCCAUCCUCAAUCAGACCGUUGAGCGGACGCAGCGCGUAGCCGACGGCAGGAGAGAUGAACUCUUCACCCUCUACUCUUCCCAUGUCACUCUGUCUCCGGUUCUCAGUGCCUUGGGCCUUUCCGAA